AUGACGGGACGGGCCGCGAUGCGAACCCCUGAACCGCCCGACCGCGUUGAACACGAGGAUUCGCCACCGCAACUGUCGAGACCGAAACGCACCACCAGACCACCAAAAAACUAUGCUCGAGAACAAGAGAUCGACAACGAGCAGAGGAAGACGCGGCCCCAACAAAAGAAGAGAAUUGAACCAGAAGCCCAGCGUGACGUGACAACUUCAGACGACGCUGCGACUGAGGGCGACGAGCUCGAUGUCAGCAAUUUGGUGAGAGAGAUCGCUAAACUUAGGAGAGAGAUCAGACUCCGAGACGAACUACACAAGGAAGAACUACAGAAAACCAGAGAAGAGUUUGGUGCCACCCUCGCAGAGUCCCUGACGGAUAGAAACACGACACCGCAAUGCCACUCCGAAACGUGCUCUCAGAACAACCACGAUGCGAUCCUGCGCGAAAUCCAGUCCUUACGCGAGGAAAUCAGUGUUCCUGCUGCCACGAGCUCACCUUCCUAUGCAGAUGUCGCGCGCACUCCGCCAUCCAGUUACCCAAGCAACAUACGGACCCUCUCAACGCUGAACACGACGCCCACCACCUUUACGGACACGCUGUACUGCACGAUAGAUACCUCGAAGAUGGCAGAUAAAGGAAUAGGAGUGAUAUCCGCUGGCUUAGUCAGAGCAGCGGUUGAGGCAGAGAUGCGGUCAACAGGGGACCAUGCGCACUGGCGCUGUUGCGCGCUGGUCAAGAAGGUUGUGGAAGAGAAAAUCGGUGUGGGAGCCCGGGUGCUUCGUGACGAGCUCUACCCAAUCAAAGUCGACAACGUCAACAAGGCCUCUAUGCUGGACGAGAACGGUGAGAUCCGAACCGAGGCCACAGUAGCGUUUAGUGAGGAGAACAAGACCACUGUAGCCAAGAUUUUAUGGCUGAGCAGAAAAGAGAGCGAGAAGGCCUACGGUUCCAUGGUGGUUUACCUGACUAAACAUAACAACGCACAAAGGCUCUUAGCUGAUGGAUUUUUCUACGCAGGGGGAGAAUCUGGUGUGACCAGUAUCUUCGAACACUGA